AUGCCAAAGCCACGCACCUCUGGUACAUCAACUAGCAAAACCAUUAUAUUCAAUUCUGCCUCUGUGGCCAUUCAUGAAAUAGGGGAUGGACAUCGUCGGACCUCUGCCACCGUCUCCAAGAAAGGUCCUUAUCAAAAGAUCGAAGAACGCGAAGUGGUUAACUUUUUGUGGGAGAAUAUAAUAUGCAGGUUUGGAAUACCUAAGGAAAUAGCAUGCGACAACAAGCCACAGUUUAUCGGCGCAAAGGUCACAAAAUUCUUUGAAGAUUUGAAGAUAAAAAGGAUUACCUCAUCACUGUACCAUCCAAGCGCAAACGGACAAGCAGACUCAACAAAUAAAACAAUUGUGCAAAAUCUGAAGAAAAGGCUAGAAGCAACAAAAGGUCGUUGGCCCGAGGAAUUACCGGGGGUACUCUGGGCCUAUCGAACAACUGUCAAAUCAAGCACAGGAGAAACUCUGUUUUCCCUCGUGUAUGGCGCAGAAUAUUUGAUACCAGUGGAAGUGGGGGAGCCCACUUUAAGGUAUUCCCACACAAAUGAAGAAUCAAACAGCGAGGCAAUGCUAAUUAACUUAGAACUGCUCGAGGGACGCAGGGACCUGGCACAUGUCAGAAUGACAGCUCAAAAGCAAAGGAUGGAGCGGUAUUACAAUCAAAGAACCAACCUUCGUUACUUCAAAGUAGGGGACUUGGUCUUGAGGAAGGUGACUCAAAACACCCGAGAACUCAACGCCGACAAAUUAGCCUUUACAUGGGAAGGCCCUUACCCGAUUUCAGCUAUCACCGGUAAAGGGUCAUACGAGUUAGAAAACCAUAACGGAGACAAGCAAGGUUUUUUAGUGAGGUGGCGACCACAAGUAUACUACAAAACAACAGUAAUAAGACCUUUUGAUGGAAAGUUUUCAUUCGGGGAUGAUAGGGUAAUCUUUGCUUCAUUAGCAAAUUCCCAUCGGGAAGUUAAGUUUGAUGCCGAACAAAGGGCGUACGAUCAUUCAGGAGCACAAAGCACUAGAUGA